UGAAAAAUCACGGUGUAACCAGGCACUAAAAAUUUGUUUUUGAAAAUUUAAUUUUCCAAAAAGCAACAGCAAUCCUGUAAACUGGGAAAAUAUUAAAAAUUAAAAUAUUAAACGGAGGAAUACGUAACAGGUUCAAUAAUAAUGAGCAGCUUACAAUUUAAUUCGAUUGCAAGAUCUGCUUCUGUCGAGUCUCAAGAAAAACCAAAAAUUGUUAAAUGUCCAAACUAUGCGAAUAAUUUCUGCGAGAAAUUAUUUUCUUUGUUUGAGAAACACGAUCUCACAGAUGUUUGCAUUAUCGGUUCGGAUGAGGUCCGAUUCAAUGCUCACAAAAAUGUUUUAGCAGUAGGAAGUGAUUUCUUUGCUGCUAUGUUUGCUAGCCCACUUAAAGAGUCCGUUACAAAUGAGGUCCGAAUCCAAGAAUUAAAUGGUGAGAUUUUAAAAUCUAUUCUAGACUUUAUUUACACUGGCACUAUUGAGCUCAAGUCCAAAACUGUGCCGGAGAUUUUCAGUGCAGCUCGCUUUUUUCAAAUGGAAUCAUUAGUCUUGGUAUGUCAACAAUUCAUGGUACAAGAAUUGGAUCCAAGUAAUUGUUUAGGCAUAGCUUUAUUCGCUAAGCAACAUGAUUUAAAUGACCUCUAUGAGACGGCUUUUCAGUUUGCUUGUACCCAUUUUGAAAAAGUAUCUAAAAUGGAAGAGUUUCUCAAUCUCAGCGAAGAUCAAGUGGUUAUGAUGAUAAGUAAUGAAGAACUUUGUGUAACAUCGGAAAAGAACGUCUUUUUAAGCUUGAUCAAAUGGAUUGAGCAUGACAAACAGAAUCGUGAACAAUUUACUUUCAAACUACUCUCACACGUUCAUUACUGGUCACUGAGUCCCGAUUUUAUAAAGCAAAACCGAAGCAAAUUGUCCAAUGAAAAUAAAAUUUUCGACAUGAUCUGCACUUGGCUUGAAUGGCAUUGUACGCCAAGUAACUCUGGACUAAAGUCUCGUAAAUGUUGCAAUGAUAAGCUUGUGGUAAUAUGUAGUGAUAAAAUGCAUACUUAUAAUCCAGAGCAGAAUAUCUGGGAAAUCAAAUCUCUUCCAGGAUUUCCAACAUUCGAUAAAGUAGUUGAAAUAAAUGAAAAGCUUAUUAUACAACUUAAUGGCACCUUGAAGUGCUUUGACCUCAAGACAAAUCGACUAAGUGAUUUACCACGAUUUGAUACGCCAAUAAGUAGUUUUGGAUUAGCUGUAAUGAGGAAUGAAUUAUAUGUUGUUGGGGGUGCUACAAUUGAAAAUGUCCCUGACGUUUAUGGUAGGAAUCAUCAGCAACGUACGACUUGGUCUGGACGCGUACAAAAAUUUAACUUUGCUUCUGGCGAAUGGCAAUGUGUAAAAUCUUUGUCUAAGCCAUUAAGCAAUCCUGUAAUUUCUUGUGUUGGAAGAUAUAUGCAUGUAAAGGGUUAUGAAGAAUUUAUUGCAAGCUUUGAUUCUGAAACCAAUGAAUGGACUUGGACACAUUUUCCGUUCAAAGGCCUUUCGAAAUUCGGAUUUGCUAUUGUAAACGAAAAAUUAUAUUUUGUGGGACAACAGCAAGGCUCUGCAAUUAGUUGUGUUUAUGAACAUGCAAAUGGUAAGUGGAGAAAACAUGAAAUGAGACUUGCAUUAACCAGUCCUAGAUGUAUAUCGUGGAAUAAUCGAAUAAUUGCUUAUGGUGCAUGUGACGGUUACAACUUAAUUUUGGAAUACAAUCCUGAAACUAAAUUUUGGAAAGAUUUGCCACUUCUAAAUUACAUAUCGAACAACGUUUAUGAAGUAAUUAAUGUACAAUAUAAUCAAUAUAAAUAAAUAAUGGUAUUUGAUUUCAA